CGUAUUACUGAAAAGAAGUCAUCGGAGCCCAAUUUUAAUUGUAAUAUACCGCAAAAUUAGCAAAAAAGGGUAAUGUAUGUAGCUGUGACGUCACAUUUGUUUAUCGAGAACCUUGGGCAGGGAGGAUGGCGAGUGAGCUUGAGAGUCGUGCAGGCGAGAGUGAAGGCGAGGCUGAAGGAGACCUGGAAGAUGGUGUCUCUCCUCCUCUGGACGAAGCCCCUCCACAGCAGGAGGAUGCUGCCCCGCACCCUGCUCGUCGUCCUAUGAAUGCCUUUCUCAUUUUCUGCAAACGACACAGAGCCCAGGUACGUGAAAAGUAUCCUCAUUUGGAGAAUCGACAAGUUACUAAGAUCCUAGGUGAAUGGUGGGCUGAUCUUCCCGCACACCAGAAAACGAGUUAUACUGACUUAGCUCGUCAAUACAAGGAGGCUUUUCUUCGCGCUAAUCCAGAUUUCAAAUGGUAUAAGAUACCAGCACAACCUCCAAGGCCGCCUCCAGCUCGUCCCUCUAACCAGAAGGUGCCCAGGUGCGACCCUUUGCCCACUGAUGGUGCCAUCACUUUUGGAAAAUUGGCCGAUGAGGCCCAGAUGGGGGGGUUGAGUACUCUCUUAUCCACAGCCUCCACCAGUAACAACAGCAGCAGCAGCAAUAGCAGUGGAAACGUGAAUUUGGGAUCAUUCAGUCCAGUGUACAUUUCUACUACCAGCGCAUAUACAGGAUGCAUUUCUCCUUCUGUUAGUUCUUCGACUGAUAUGACCACCUUAGCGACUGUUUCUGGCGUUAAUUCUGUAACUCUGUCAUCAAUGAGUACAAAUACAAAUAUCUCCGGGAAUAAUUUGUUAUCGUGGAGUGAAUCCUUGAAGCGGCCGGGGACUGUCCCAGCUCCCAGCAGCACCUGUAGCUCUUCAAGGGCAUCAUCCCACACAUCUGAGGAUCAUUCAGGGAGUGCCACAGCCAUCCCUGUCACCACAGUCACUCCACCUCUUGUAGAGAGUGGCAGCACCACCAUGACGCCCCCAAAACCACCCAAGAAGAGGUAUCUGCAUGAGAACUCCCUGAUAGCACAAACCCCCACAGUAUCCACGCCAACUCACGUUCCACCUGAAGCAGAGAAAAAGAAGGCAUGUUCAGCAUUGCUAGAACUAUCACAGACGAGCCCUACCGAAGAAAAGUUCAAAUCAUCUCCUAACUGGUCGAUGGGUCCACGGAGGGCUCACAGAAAUGAGUCUGGAAAUCAGAUGGCUGCUCAUGAUUACACCUCGGAACAGGACAUAGGGACCUCCAGUGGAACUGUAGCAGCAGGUGGUGUGAAUCCUUCAUUGACAACCAGUCACAAUAGUUCCUCAGUCAUCUCGCCUCCCCACUCUUCCUUUCCUGCUCCUGUGGUUCGUUCCUCCCUCUCUCAUCAUCGGAAUCACUCUUCAAAUCGCCAGCAGUCGGUGCAGUGUGACGAUCAGCCUCUAAACCUAACGACUACAGAGACUACUAUAUGUGCAUCUCAGCAGCAGCUGAUCAAUAAUAUUGUGGAACAUAUGGUUAAUGGGCCAAACUCUGUGGUGCACAAUAAUCAUUCUCACCUCAGUUUCUUUCAUCCUGAAAAUUUGAAUAACAAUAAUAAUGAAAGUGAAAAGUCUAUUCAUAAAGCUAUUGAUGCAAGAAUAAAUGGGAAUGGGAAUUGUAAAGUAUCCAUCUUCCUGUCCAAAACUCUUGAUUUAGUUAUUGGUAGGACUUUAGACAGUAAUAAGUCUCCAAGAAAAGAAAAAAUCCUGUCAGAAGGCUGUAAAAAUUUGUUUGCAGAAGCCAGCAAAAAUCAAAAUCAUUCAGCAAGUGUAGAUAAGAAAAAGGAACCUCAGUCUGAACAACAGGCUGAUGAGAAAAAAGAUGCAGUUCCCAGCGGUAACAGUGACUCCAAUGGAGUCACAAACCCUACUGUGCGCCCUCGCAAGAGACCUAAAGUUGACCACAUAGAGGACAGUGAUGUUUCUGUGAAAAAGAGGAAGGAGGUGACUAGUGGGCGAUCUAGUCAAGGGAAUUCUAGAGGAGGUUUAGGAGUAGUAGGAGGACGAAGAUCUAGAGCCCCUCGUAAAUGCAAGGGAAAGCGUUACGAGGAACUCAUCUCUGAGGGGGUUCUGCAGGCACCUCGCAGAUCGCGGACAAGGAACAGCAGAUGGGAAGAAGUUGAGUCGAGUAGAAAUCAAGAAAGUGAAGAACCUUUUGAUGAAUCAAAUCAACAAGAAGUGGAGGAUGAGGAUAAUGAGGAUGAAUCUGCAGUUGAGGAAGAGGCAUCUCAGGCUAAAGCCUCUGAGGACGAUAAUAGUGAGGCAGGCAGGAGUAGGACUGAAGAGGGGAGAAGGAGAGGGCAGAGACAGUUGCGAAGGUUGCGCCCAGACGAUUUUGAUCUGGAAGCAAGAAUAGAAGCUCUUCCAUCCCUGAGCUUGGAUGAAUUUACUCGCCGCAAAAAGGAAAGGAAGAGAACGUCGUCAGCCUCCUCAUCCACCACUGCCAGCCACUCUUCUUCUACCUCCGCAGCCUCAGUUCACAGUAGUACACAGCCUUCUGUGGCUGUGGUGGGCAGCAGCAAUCGUGUAGUAGCUCCGGCUGAUUCUAUAUCUGAUCCUGUUACAUCAAGUACAUUAAGCACCAGAGUGAAUGGUAAUGUCAUCAGCAGCAGCAACAGUAAUGCAAACGGAACGAGCGGAUCGGACGGAGAGGAAGCGUCUCCUACGCCUUCGUCCUCGGCCUCAUCCACCUCUUCAGCUUGGUCUCAGCCCAGUCCUCAGGCGCCCAUUUAUGUUCAAGGAGGAUCCUUACCAUCUGGGGAAAUGUCAGGGCUCGGUUCGUCCGAUGGGGGGCCGCUCAUUGGUUCACAGAAAAGGAAGGCACGCAAGCAAACCAUCACCAGGCAUGAUCCUGUUCAUGGGCCUCUUCGUCGGGAUACCAGUGUUGUUGAGCAGAGUGUCCUGACAAGCAUAACAUUAGCAGACUUUGCUGAGGUAGCCGUUAGUCAACCAUCUAUGGAAAUUUAAGUUGAGAAGUUCAAGUUCAACUAAUGACCAGUGGUAACAUGUACAUAGAUGAUCUAUAAAAAAGUAAAAAAACUAGUUUGUGCAUUUUCUUUUGUUUUUCAGAUCACUUUUUAGCAAGUAUCCAAAAAUUUGUACUGUAUGGUCUGGUACAAGUUAGUUUAAAUGCACUGUAGUUUUCAAAGUUUACCAGUAGGGUUUUAAAUUUUGCUUACAUAAGUUGCUUGAAAUGGUCCCAUAGUCAUGGUUAGCCACAUAGCCUGAGGGUUGACAUUAAGAAGCAAAACUGUUUUUGUUCCUUAAUCAGCUUCUUUCCAAGGACCUCACAUGAGGUAGAAGCUUGUGAUCGCCCAGCACGGCCCGAAAAGUUCAGAGCCAGUUGACUGGGUAUGUAUUAUAAAUACAAGUAGUGAAAGGUUGGCUGUGGAGUUGCAGUGCUUGAGAUGGGUCACAUCUUUGACAUGACCCUGCCAUUCACGUGCUGCCUUAUUUGGCCAUCUAAGGAAUGUUGAAAUAUUAAAGUGUUGGAAUAGUGUUGGGUCACAGGACCCAAGAAUUAAUGCUAUAUAUAUAUUUUUUUUUUGAGUUGUCACGUAAUGCAGAUUUUAUGUGGAACUAGCCAUUGGCUGUGCUCAAGUUGCUGAUUAAAUAAAAAGACUUCUUGAAGUGUGAUGGUGACUGUGAUUUGAAGAUGGCUUCAAUAAUGUUCAAUAUUGUAUGUAUAUGUACCAUAUGCCUUCACUAUGUGGGACAGAUUGAUGCUGCAACUAUUUUAGCUUUAUAAAAAGUUGUCUACAGUGUGUAGGAACUCUAGUUUUCUUAUCUUUAUUGAAAAUAGUUCCAGAGAAGUCCCAUUUAAGUGUGUCAAAUAUUGUGUAUUUACUGUAUGUGUUAGUUAAAUGCAUAGAUGGCGUUACUUUUUUUGUUAAGGUAAACCCUAUGUUUUGUUACUCCUAUAUUGUGUUAAGUUUCAUUUCAGAUUCUUUAUGAAAGCAAGCUUUGGCAAAUGACACCUUAGGUAAUAGUUCUAAGUUUUAAGAUUAAUCUUGAACAGCAUUUCUUAAUUUUUUUUAUUUCAUUGCAUGAAUGUCGAGUGGCAAACCUUUGUUUACAUGUUAAGUAAAAUUGACUGAAAUCUUCCUGUCAUUAGUUUUUCAAUAUUUGUUUUAAGGCAAUGCAGUGCUGCUUGCUGUGAAAAUUGUCCACACUGUAAUAUAAUCUCAGAUGUCAUUAUGAAGCUGGGUUAUUUAAUAGUACUGGAUUUUUAACAUUUUAAUCAGUGAAUCUAAUUGGACUCUGUCUUAUUUUCUUCAUUACAUAUUUUCCUUGAAUAUUAUAUUCCACAGUGUUAUCAUUGUUUCCAUACAGUGUUUGCAUUUUGUAAUUUAAAAAAACCAGCUAUGACUUCACAUUGGUUUUCUUUGUUGUGCUUCUGAAGUAAUUUUUCAUUGUAGCCCUCUGCAUUACUGUCAAGUGCAGAUGUAACCUGCUCAUUGUUUAAAACCUUUCUGCCUAUAAAAACUUAUGCACAAAUAGAAAUAAUGUUGAUAAGGAAGUCACUUUGACAGACCUGAAGUACAAUACAGUAUAAGAAAUGUAUCAUGACACCCAAGGAAUUUAUUGUGUGGAGUAUGCUGAUAUGAAAACUUUAUUAUAUAAAUUGGUAUCAUUGGACCAUGAUUUGCCAAAGGUUGUUCGUUUUCUGCUACAUACAGAUUUAUUGUUUAUAUAUAGAGUUAUAACUGAGGGAACUCUACAAAUAAAAUGACCUCAGAAUUUGUUGAAUUGAAUAAGUUGUUGAUUACAUUUUGAGUAUUUCACUUUACUGUAUCAGUCUUAUCGUAGAUAGUCAGUGUGACAGUACACAUACCAGCGUUAUGUUGCUGUGUAUACGACAACCCUUACCAGAAGAAACAGCGUUACAUUCAGCAUUAUAUUAGAUAGCGUAUGUGCACUAUGAGAGACCACUCAUGUCAGUAGAGAGUAUUUGUUAAUACAAAGCCUGUACCUGAAACUUGGGUAAAUGUUUAUCUAAAGGGAAAAAUAUGAAAUAGUUUUGGAUUCUUUAUCUUUGCCUCUUGGUCACAUAUGUUGUUAUGGCAACCAUAGAUUUAAUUGUGUCUGUUCCUUACCUGGUCUCAAGUCCCCACUGCAACUGUUGAAGUCAUUGAGGAGAAAAGUACAUUUAGAUGAAUACCAUUUUAAUUUGUUGUAUUUGAACGUCCUGCGUCAGUGUUAAAAAAAGUUUUAGGUUUGUAGCGCAGUACCAAAUAUUACUGCAAAGUGUAAAUGGGCCUCUUAUCCAGCAGGACUUUGACACUGCAAACCAUCAUCUCUUUUGGGCAUUAGUUGUUCACAGUGUUCAGAAACAUUAGUCAUUCUCAAUUUGGUGGUUGUUGCUGUUUCUUGAUAUAUGCAGUCAGGUGUAUCCAAUAAAAGAUGCAAUCACAAAUGUUUAAAAAUGCAUAUAUAUAUAUAUAUAUAUAUAGAUAUAUAUAUCUAUAUAUAUAUAUAUAUAUAUAUAUAUAUAUAUAUAUAUAUAUAUAUAUAUUCUCAUGUGUUUAUGAGAUGGAGCCAUAACGAACAAUAAUUUCAGUUAGGAUACUGUGCUCUCUGUGUUAAUCCUGUUAUGUGACUGAUUGCAUAUAUUAAAGAAGAGCUAUUUAUUCAAUGUUUUGGAUUUGUGUACAGAAAAGUAAUUGCUGUACAUUUCUUUGUGCUUCCUAUCAUAGUUUACUAUUUUAUUAUUUUAACAUUCACAAGAGCACUGUCAUAAACCAGUUAUUAGAUAACGUCCAGAUACUUGUUCUGCUUGCACUUUCUCUUUUGUUGCACAUGAUUUUCUGUCCUUUUUUUAAAACCUGACUGAACUUAAUUCUCUUCCAGUCAUUAAUGAUUAGUUGUACAGUAAUAGUGUGAUAUCUCUUGAAAAUGGUAGAUUUUUAAUUGGUGUCUGAAUAUAAUUUGCUGAUGGUGGCGCCUGGAUAAAUUCAGUGCAUGCCUCUUGAAAUGUUAACUUUUUAUUCACACAAGCGACUUGUAAUUGUUUUUCCACUUGUUUAAUAACAUAGAUAAACUUGCCAUGCCUCAUUGAUAAUAGAAUGCUUUUAGACUAGUCAGUUCAACUGUAGACGACUGAUGUGAAGUUGAAAUUCAAGUUUCUUUUGAGAUAACAUAAGUUCUAGAUUUCUACCAAGUUUGUAGCUCAGCUCAGUAGCAUUUAAAUUGAUUCAUUUUCAACUUGGCUCAGUAGCAAUUAAAAUUCAUUUUGAUUUAGUUUUUUACCUAUUUUGACUUUAGUGUCUUAAGUCUUAUUUCAUACUACUAAAAUGACACAGUUGUUUAUAAAAUCUGGAAUUGAAUGGAGAUAAGUAGUGUCAUUAGGAAAAUCUGUGACACAUUUAAGAAAAUGGCUGUUAAGUUAGUGAGCCAGCUUGAGAGGAUGACUUCAUUGAUUAAAAUGGUUCAUCAUGAUAAUAGUAUAUUGCUGCAUAGGAGGAUAGUGAAGUUUUGAAUGUUUACGUAUAUAUUAUCUAAUGGUGUAACUCAGACGUGCACCAGUAAAUAAAAGCAAUGACAAAUGAUUUGCAUGGAACUAGCAACAGUUGCAGUGAGACUCAGAUAUGAAAGUUUCCCAGCAUUGAACAUCCUAUGUUGUUUGUGUGUGUUAUUGCUUAUGAGAGAAUCAUUUUGUAGCCAUAUACUUUAUUGAUAUUUGACCAAGAGCCUCCUUCAAUUUGGCUCUUCUCGUAAACCCAGUAAGUGCGCAGUUAUAUAAAUGUAUUUCAGUGAUCCCUUUCAGAUCUCUAACAUUCUUCAGUGAUCAGUGAUCCCUUUGCAAUUGAAUUCUAGUUUGUUAAAUGUAGUCUGUUGUUGAUCUUUUUGUGACUGUGAGCAGUUAGUUACUCAGGAGAUUUUAUGAGGCUUUUUAUUCCAGCUUGGCAGAACAGAGCCUUGAAAACCUGAAUUAUAAGUCAGUUGCUUAUCUUGUCACAGUAGUGAUUCUUUCUAUCCAAGAGAAAAUAAUACGUGAAAAAAGUCCCCAGUGGGAAAGGCAAGUGUGCAUUUAUGUAAUAUAUUGUAUCAUACAUAAGAUAAAAAUAUUCCUUAUAUAUAAAGAUUAUAUAUAAAUAUAUAUAUAUAUAUAUGAAUGAUUAUUAUGUUAAUAAAUCUAUUUAUUCUGAACUAAA